UAGGAAUUGCUUGUUGCUAAUAGGAAAGAAAAUUCAAGAAAAUACCCCUCAUUGAGACCCAUUGCUGAGAAGGAAGGGAGGCAAGAACGUCACGGUGCACCUCGCGCUAAGCAUGUACCUACCCGAUGUAGGGAAGGGUGAGAGGCUGCUCCUGCUUUGGCUGAGCUGGAACGCAAUUUUCGAUUGAAAACUUUGGGUUUGAAUGCUAAAUUCUUUGAUUUCCGGGAAUUAUCGCCAAUUAACAUGCAGUGCUUGUGAGUUUUCUUUUUCCCAGCUUCCAUCACCGUAUUCGUUGCGCCUCACCAAUUACCCGCACAGUAUUUCCAGGCUCCUCCGUUUCUUGUGCGCUGGCGAUGCUGAUACAAGACAACGAAGUACUACAACCAAGACAUGUCAUCACGAGGUCGUUUUACCACAAAUACACAUGGCUCUUGAGGUUGCUUGGGCUGACAGACCUCGACUGAUCUGGGGAGACACCAUCAGCCCUAAUGACGACCAAAUCUGAUGUUACCAAUCAUGACCCCACAGCUGGCCACCCCCCUCAACUGGCCACAUCCACACCGCCGUUUCCCCCAUACAACAUCACCACCCUGCUUCUCCCAACAACAACAAUCGCAUCAAAUCAAGC